UUUUUUCUUUCUUCUUCUUUUUUAAUCAAUAAUGUACAUACUACAUACCAUUUGCAUUAUGAACAUGUUCUAGGCACAGAUACAAAAAAUUAAGACAGUAAAGAUAGAUAAUGUCACAGACAAAAUACAUAAUAUGAACAAUAAAAUAAAUAGCUUAAAGAAUUGGAGCUUUUAUUGUAAAUUGUACAACACUGAAAAAGGUUCUUUGCAUUCAUAUGUUCUGUGACUUUAAUGUGUAAUAUGAGAAAGAAACUAAUUGAGAAACACACAGAUCUUGGAUGUUAUUAUCAAAUAGCCUACUUAGAUUUGUGUGUAUCAUACUACCUGUAUAUUGAAAUAGUGUUCACCAAAAAGUCAGUCUUUUUGUCCAUGAAAAUUCCAUACAAGCAAAACUCUUGGCUUUCUGAUUUCAUGAAUUUGCUCAUAAAUGUCUGGGUUUAACGCCAUUAAGUUGAAGGUUACUCAACUUUCAUUUUUGGACACGCAGAUGUCUAAAUACAGAUUUGUCACUCAUAAUGCAUCAGCUAUAAUGGAAAUAACAGGGCAUUAUUAUCGUAUUGCUGCUGAUUCUUGCUGACAGUGCUAUAGAGCGUGGGUUCAUACAUUGAGUCGAGAUUGACACAAACUCCGAACAUUUGCAUACACUCGCAUUUUCCCACUGCAUAGCGGAAAUAUAUGAUCCUGCAUCAUCCACCCUCUGCUAGUUACUCUGCUGUCAUCUCGGUACCAAGGAGUAACUUUCUGUCGUGGGGCCGGGUGGACUGCGACCUUCUCGGCAGUUCCUUUUCUGUUUUCCUCUUUCCUCCGGUCGGCUGCUGCUAUUCCUCCACGGCAGCGGGAGGUAAGAGGGAAGUGUUCUGUGGUGGGACAAUCUGGUGCUAGCUUUAGGCUAACUUAGGCUAAAUCGGGAGCUAAUUAUUUUAGCACCUGACACGUCCACUGUCCAACAACCAUCAUGUGCAUUUGGACAUUACGCAUGUGGCGUUUGAUUGUUUGCCGAAGAUAGCGGUAAAGGCUCUAUAUGAAUGUACAUUAAAGGAAAUCUUCCCCCUAAAUUGAAGUUAGGCUUCUAGAUUUGUUGUUAGCUAAGCGAAGACAGACUGUCUCGUUGGCCGUACUUAGUUCUUAAGCUUCCUGCGUCCUUCAAAUUAAAAGCACAUAUUUAGUCUCCGCCAGAAUGUGCAGAAAUAGAUAUUUGCACAAAUGUAAGAAGCUCACCUUGUAUUGCCCGAAAUUUCUCACUAAGGUUAUUUAACACAAAGUCUGUGCCAGACUUUGCUUGGAUGUCCAAUGUUAGGCUGGCAUCACAACUACAAUAACUGCAUUAAACUAAAUGUUAGAAUAUUUAAGUUUAAUCCCCAAAGGAGGGAGACAAACAUGGAAUUCACUCUAACACGCUUUUAUUCUUUUUGUUGUAGUAGUUAUAAUAAUAAUAAUAAUAAUAAUAAUAAUAAUAAUAAUAAUAAUAAUAACCAUAAUAAUAUGUGUUAUUAUUGUUUACAAUAAUAUUAAUGAUAAUGUCGUAUUAAUCAAUUGUAUUUUAAUUGUCGUUGUUGACGGGAUCUUUUUCCUGUUGUUGCCAUUUCUGUAAGCGAAACCCUGUUACAGAAAAUAUAUGAUCAAAUUCGUUCGAUGCUCAAAAAGGCAUCUUUUGUGCCAAUACUUCCGUUUACUAUUUGACUCUUACUGUUAGCUUUACACAAAGAACAGCCAGCUUUCGAUGUGAGGUUGAUACUCACCAGACAGAGUUGACGGUGUUAGCCUAGCCAAUAUAGCAUUUAGCGGGUCAGCUGUUGUUGUGUGCUUGGCAGCAUGCUUAUAGAGGCAUCUUAACCGCAACAUAUUGCAGUAACUCUCCUGUCUGACUCUGAAGAGGUCCGGCCGCGCUGAACUCCGCUGAGCCAUGCGACAGUGGUGUGUCCCCGUUGCGACCUCUCGCUCCGAACCACUCCCGGGGCGCCUGUCUGUAUCACCCCCUCCAUCAGGUAUGUAUCCUGUGAAAGACUGGAAUAUCUAUAAACUACCCUUUUAACCAAAGCCUGUUCGCUGAUUUGUUUUACUUACUAUUGCGCAGCAAGAACCUGGUAAAACACUGCUUAGUUUGGCAGACUUGCAUUGCGAUGGCCCUGAUUUGUACCAGUCUGUCCUGGAUUCACUUAGUUUGAAUCCAUGUACUUGGCCAGAGUCCCCAAGUUUACUUUCUCUUGUUUUAUUAUCAAUAGUGGGCUAUGUACAGUAGACUAAAUUUGAGGCACGAUUAGGCAGAAUGUGGCAAACUACUUAAAAAGGAGGAAUAAUACGCCUGUUAUUCACAUAAAAAACAGUGUUUCAGGUGAAAGAGUAUGUUCAAAAUUCUGGUUUCUCUUGUUAUUUAACACUUCAUCAUUUUUCUAUGUGGACAUGUCAUUAUUUCAUUUUUUAAGUAAGAUGUAAUCUUUAAUAUCAUGAUCUGCAUAGUUAAUAGAAAACAAGAAGGCAACUUCUAUCACUCCCCACAACCUGAAAGCUAAAAAGGGGGAUUGAAAGAUAUGACAAGGCUAAGUGGACAUGAUGUUAGGUUAUGUAUGCCAGGGUGAUCUUACUUUAAUUCCACCCUGGACAGAUGAAGCAAGGUUAGCCUCAAGUGUCUUUGCCAAGUAUUUGAAAGGUUGCCAAACUUUUGAAUGACCCAAGGGUUCUUCAGAGGAGAAUGCAGUCUUUUUUUUGUGUACCUUAGUUCAGUUCCUCAAACAAGUCUUGUUUUUUUCAGUGUUAUUUGGAAUUCGUAUAGCAGAACUCUUUAAGUCUGUUUUUUUUUCCUUGUCUGUUUUAUUCAAAGUGUUGUAUUAAGCUAAAUGAAUCCUAACAAAGGAAGUGAAGUCUUUGAGCUCAGCUUUGCAUGCCUUUUUUAUUUGGGCUUUUUUUCUAUUUAUAAUCCUUGAAUCAUUUUUGAGUUUGUCUAAAGGUUCUGACAAUGUGACCAAAGACAAAUAUAGCAGUGUUUUAUGAUGGUAACACUUUGUAAAGUCACACUUUGUGGUACUGUUUAUCUUGUGAGAAAUGAACUUAAGCAUGCAGUUUUGGUGUAUUCAUAGGACUACAGUUGGUUAAUAUUCUUUAAAAACUGCUCUUGAAAUUGCAAGUCUCAGAUGCAAAAUUGACACACCAGAUUGUAUACAGAUGUCAGAAUGGAGUGCGGUGAGGUGGAGCCACGCUACACUAUAGAACAAAUCGACCUUCUGCAGCGGCUGCGCCUCUCUGGCAUGACCAAACCUCAGAUUAUCCAUGCAUUGGAGUCCCUGGAGAGGCUUGACCCGGACCACCGGCCGCCACACUCUGAUUCUCACUCUACCCCAUCCAACAAUAAUCCCACCACAGCCGCUCCAGCACCAUCCUCGUCUUCAUCGUCAUCGUCCUCCUCUUCCUCACUCUCCCUAGCCUCAGCUACCACACAGACCUCUGGCCUGGAAGGUGCUGCUCUGUCUCCCAGCAAUAGUUACGAAGCCUCACCUCCACCCCUCUACCCUCCCACUGUGGUAGUUCAGAGGCCAUUCAGCUAUGACAUGAUGGGGGAGGAGGAGUGGGACCUGGAGGAGAAGGUGGAGGAGUACAUGAGGUGAGGAGUAGAAUAGAGUUACACCAGGGCUGGGUGAGGAAGAGGGAGACAGUCUGACCAAAAGAAUAGUGGAGACAAAGAAAGACUAUUAUAACAUCAGAUAAUGACAGCUUCCAUCCCCAGAGGUGCAUGCUUAUUCUUCAGAAUUUGAGUGGAGUUAAUUCAGGUCAGGUAUUUGGGGAUGGCUGAAAAAGAGAAGCACCAGUGGAUAAGCUUAGACAGAGUAAAGGCUGAUGUUGAAACCAAGGUGUAAUAGUUCUAAUGCCUUUGUGGGGUUUUUGAUGCUUUUAUAGGAGAGACAGCAACCUCGUAAAAGAAGAGAUCAAAACUUUCCUGAACAAUCGGAGGAUCUCUCAGGCCAUUGUGGGACAAGUGACAGGUACCCUACUUCCUUGUACGUGAUAUUGUACAUUGUAAGGAGAGCUGUGCUCUCAUGAACCCUGUAUUGUACAGAAUGUGCUCUUUUCGGCCAUACUGUUUCCUGAGAUACCCAAUUUGACCACAGUGCUCAUAAGCAAGGUUAUUAUCCUUAAUCAUAAAAUCACAAAAACUAAGAUGUCAGAAAAAUUUAAUUACCUGAAAUCAAAAUAAGAAUGAGGGGGUUCAAAGACACAAGGAUUAACUGAAAUUAUCUUGUAUGUUUACAAAUAAACAAAAAUAAAGUCAAAUUGCGUAGAGAAUGCCCUUUGUCUUCAUCUUUCACACACCCUCCAGCAGCACCUAGAGUAAAAGUUUGGUCAGACCUCAUUGUCAACAAAGGUUGAAACCACUUCUAUUAUUUUGUUAUCGAGUAGGCUACUUUGAAACAGCUUCUUUGAGGUACUUCUCUCAAGCAUUUAUGUCAUGAGGUGACUUUUGUCGAACUUUUACCUCUGAGUUAAGUCCCUGUCUCUCUCUGUAGUCCCUCUAAUGCUUCAAUUGAACCCUCUGAUUAGCAUGGACUCAAAAACACUGAACUAAAAUAACACCAGCCAUAUAGUUAGUGGUGAGUCUCGUCUCUGACAAAACAAAUAGCCAAAUAAGAUGAUGCCUUGAGUUAUUUAUACACAGUGUUUAAUUUUUGGGGAGUUUUACCACUUACAAGUAUUUCAUGUUCUCAAAAAGAAAGAAAAAGAUAGAUAGAUAGAAUUUUUAUUGUCAUUGUGACAAGCACAACGAAUUUGAAAAGUGCCUUUUCAGUCAGUGCAUUAAAAAAGGGACAAUAAAACAGACAGUAAAGCAGUAAAACCAGUGCAGAGUUAAAACUAGUAAAAGAAUUUAAACUGCAACCAUAAAUACAUAGGCAACACAUCAUCUGGAUAUCAUGGAGGUUUUGAUGGAACGGACAGUGACCUCUGGAGGUCUUUGCUGUUCCUCAUUGUGCAGCUGGAAAACCAUGUACAGAGGCAGUAUGUGAGGAUGCUCUCCAUGGUGGAAAAAAGACACGAGCUGUCUCUGGCAGAUGUUGUUUUUCCUGAGGAUUCUCAGGAAGUAGAGUCUCUGCUGAGCUUUUUUUUUUUACCACCUGUGUGGUGAGACUAAAACUAAUAAAAACUAAACCAAACCAAAACAAGUCCAUCUUUUAAAAUGAAUCAAAACUAAACGAAAGUAGGGGAAAAAAGCCAAAAUGUAAUAAUAAGAAAAACCAAGGUGAAUUUCAGGACUAUUAUAACCUUGCAUAUAAGUCCAAGAAAUACAAAUAUUUCAAAAUGAUGUUUUCUGUAACAAAUGAUGUUGGCUCAAAUUUGUGUGCGUGUGUUGAUGCUGGGUUUGUAUUCUCAUGUUGAGGUUCUGCUUUCUAAUCUCACUCCCUGGCUUAUGGCAGCAUACAGAGUACUGACAGCAUAUGUUUUCCUGUCCUAGGCCCAAAGAUAAGAUUUUAUAUCUCUCCAGGUCCCAAGUUGUUUUUGUUGUUGUUGUUGUUUUUUUCAACACAAAACAUGUGGCUGAAUAAAGUGUGGUAACGUACACUCAUUACUGUGGUUUACAAUAGGCUUGGUUCUGGCUCCACUAUAACACAAAGGACUGGCUGUCUGGUUUAGGUCAGGCUUGGGCCCAGGUUUGGACUGAGAUGUGUCCCCCAAGCCACACUGUAGUCUCAGCUAAUACUUAAUUAUCACUAACUGAUAUUAUAAUUUUGUUACAUUCUACUUGCUUACCACUGACAUGCAAAACUAAAAAUUCUCAACCACAUUACUUAAUGUUACAAUUACAUGUUCAAAUGUCUUCACACCAUUUCUUGAAUCAGCUUUAUUGCAGAAGAACAAUUCUGUUGACUCUCCCUCAUUUUGUGGAGGCUUUGGUUUGAGUUGUCAUCCCCCUUGUAGAGUUUUAGGCUCUUAUUGCUGAGUAUGAGGCCUUUCUCUGCAUUUCGAAUAACUCUGGUGAAGCCUGUGUGAGACUUUGUCUUUGAAUUUUUUAAUCCGACAAAAUGUGUAAGCUACCUGGAAUGGAGAGAAACUCAGGUGAAUCAGUCCCACUAGUUAAUGCACCACUUGCUCAUUCUCUGCUCUGCAUGCAUAGGUUUCACUGCGGGGUUUCAGAAGAGAAUGAGGCGAGAGACAGCCACUCACGCACUCAGUGUGCUGAAACACUCUUAGUUAGACCCUACAGGUAUUUGACCCUGUGUCUGAGCUGAACACACACAAAGGAGUAACUCUCUGGAUUCUUUUUCUAAUUGGCAACCUGAUAUAAACUGUCUGGGUCCUAAUCACAUGUUUGAGAAAGGCUGGCAAAGACCAUUACAACCCCCAAACUGGAUGUACAACCAUCAAUAGUAUUAGUUAGAGUCACCAUUAAGCAAAAGUAUUAACUUGUCUAAAGAACUGUUGGUACAACUUUUGUAAACUUAACAUUGGCUGCUUUGCUUUGUUUCUUAAUGUUUUGAAGUGAAAGACACUUUAGUUGGACAAAACAGCUACUGUAAAAUGUUUUCUUUGUGUCUAGCUGUUAUGUACAUUUCUCCUUUUUAUUAGAAAUCCUUAAAUAGUGAAUGAAAUACAUUAAAAAAAAACAGUGUCACAAGUAAUAAAAACUUUCAUCUACACUUAUGCAAUGACGAGCAACUUUUGUCUCCCUCCCCUGAGGUAGAAAAAGAAGUUGCGCAAAACCCAAGACCUAAAUCCAAGUAUUGUUAACCAUAGGUAUUGAUUACCUUACCGGGAGUUUUUCCAGAGCUAGCCCACAGCUAAUCUCAUUGUAACAGAAGCUAUUGGUGCACCACUGAGUAAAUCAAUGUUUGAAAUGCAUUAAGAUAACACAACUUGUUUCUGGAACACAGGCAUCAGCCAGAGCUAUAUCUCCCAGUGGUUGCUGCAGCAAGGCCUGGAGAUGAGUGACUCUAAACGCAGAGCAUUCUACCGCUGGUACCUGCUUGAGAGAAAUAACCCAGGUGAGCUGUAGUACAGGUCUGGUGCCGCAGAGGUGGGACAAGAGUUACACUCAAUUCUAUUGCUGACUCUACCAAACCCUUAUCUUCUUUAUAGUGCAAGGACAACAAAAUUAAAUACCAGACUUUUUGUUGUGGUUAAAUUAUUUUCAAUUUUAAAUUUGAUGCCAGCAACACAAUUUUUUAAAUGUUGGGACAGAGGCACUUUGACCAUUGAAUUGCAUUGCCUAUUCUUUUAACAUUGCCUUUCAAACAUUUGGGAGAGAAACCAAAGAGACCAGUGUCCAGAGUUUUGAAAAGAAAAAAAGUGCCAUUCUUGUCUGAUAAUGGGAUUUCAGCUGCUCAGCAGUUUGAGAUCUUUUUCAUAUUUUUGUGUCAUGAUGUGCCAAAUGUUUUCUACAAGUGACCAGUUGCGACUCCAGACAGACCAGAGUAGCACCCAUACUCUUCCUCUAGCCAUGCUGUUGUACUUACUGCAAAAUGUUAUUGUGCAUCUUCUUGCUGUAGUGCGCAAAGUCCUGUCUGAAAAAGCAUUGUCUAGAGAGCAGCACUCAUGGCUCCAAAACCUCUAUACACUAGAUUGUCUAGCAUUAUUGGUACCUUCCAAAGGGGAAAGCAGCCAUGUCACGUUUAUGCCCCCCCAAUAUCAUCAGGAAUGCUGGCUUUUGGACUGCUUUGGACUGAUUGUAAGCCAGGUGGUCCUUCCCCUCUUUAUGGUGGGGAAGUGGCGUCCAAGAGUUUCAAAACGAUUGUCUUGAUUAGACUAAAGUUGUUAUUCUUUUUGAAAAACUUGGAUGCUGUAAUCUUGAUCUAGUGAAGUAUUCCACUUCCAUGUGGUUUCUUCUCUGCAUUGGAUAGUUAACAUUUGUGGAUGCGGUGAGCAAACGUUUUACCGUCAUUGGUUUUUAGAAGUGAUGCAGCAUGGACAGAUGAAUUAUGUGUGUUUUGAAUGCCCUACAGAAUGAGAGCAUGAAGAUCAGUACCAUCCAGUACGGGUGGUCUGUCUUGUCCUUUUUGUACAAAGAUUCCUCCAGAUGUUCAGAAUCUUUGAAUGAUACAAUAGGGGAGACUGGGGCUUGUUGUCACAUGGGUAAGUUGUCACAUUGCAAUUAUCUUUGCCACUAGAGGGCGCAACUAAAAAGUGAAAUAGUGGUUUUCUUCCUUUACAUGGUCAGGGGUCGUGUCCUGUCUGAGAAGAGAAGAGCAUAUUGUGAGCUGAGAUGAGCACCAAUUUACCAUUUUGCACAACCCAAAGUAAAAAAAAAAAUAUUUUAAAAUAAGCUUCUUCCAGAUAAAAAUCCUAGCUGUGAAACAUGUAGACUUGUUAAAGGAGAGAUAAAGGCAUCCUGUCAUACCUCAGUCAUUGUUUUGUUUUAAACUAACUUUAAGCUAGAGCUACAAUUAGCAAACAUUGUAGUUUGAAGCAACAUGUUUCAGUCAUUUUGGGGUUAGUUGUCACAUGUUUAAAAUUAAUUAAAUUAACAUAGAGAGUCUGCUUAUCAGCAGUUGUCAUAUUGCAAUUUUGACUUGAGUUUUACAGAAAAAAAGAGUGGUUUAAAGGAGAGGACAGUGCAGUACCUGAUGUGAUGCUGAGGGCAGUCAGGCAAGUGAUCCUAGCUAAUAAAUCAAUCUGGAGGACAAUAAAGGACUUUAAUGUCAACUACCAUACCUUGGCUCGGUACUGCAGAACAUUCACCCCAGCUGAAAUACAGAGUCCGACAGCUCUCCAAACUCCAGAGCAUGUUGCAUAAUAUUUUGUGUAAACGAUUGUUCAAUGACUUUUUCCAGCUCAAUGAUAAACAUUUUCUGUGCCUGACUUUGAUGUUCACUUUCAAGUAAAAAAAAUGAGAACAACAAUAAUUUUGUCCUUGUUUUAUUAGCUGCAAGAUCCACUGUCACAUCUUACCCCAUAUAGUGAGACAACUAACCAGAUGGUGGGGCAACAUGUCACAUGUUCACACUCUCCAUUUGAUUGCUUAUAAUUCUGCACUGACACAAGAUAUGAAAAUGACAUGAAUACGAAAUAUGUACCUGAGACUUUGGUCUUUCUUUUGGUACACAUUUAUAUAUGAUGUAUUGAUUUAAAGAAAUAUAUGAGUGUAAAAAGUGUAACAACAAGCCCCGAUCUCCCCUAUACCAUAGUUGAUGAAAUGCUCAAUGCUCUUUGUGCUGCUGCUGCUGCUGCUGCUGAUAAUAGAUGGUGACAGUGAUGACAGUGUCAUCAUGAUUUCUUUUGGUUGGUGAUUCCCUUUGGUUGAUGGAUUGAUGAUGGUUAUACGUGACAAAAACAACUGCAUGUCCCUUGCUUUGGACAAAAGCGUCUGCUAAAUGACACUGUGAUAUUGUAAGGAACAUUCUUCUGAAACUGCUGAACUAUUUUCUGACCCAGUCUCUCACAAAGCGGUUAACCUCUUGCAAUCUUCAUUACUGAGGGACCCAGCCUCUCUGGAACGGCCUUUUUAUACUCAGACAUGUUACCUGUUGUGAAUCAGUGUGAUUAGCUGGGUGAUGUUCUUCCGUUUUUUUUUCUUCCUCUUUUUAGCCUUAUACAACGUAUCGAGUGUUUUGUUAUCCCUGUCUCAACUGUACUUUUUUUUUCAGUUUCACCAUUUAAUCUGUUGUCUUUACAGUAUUUUGAAUUAAAUACAAGUUUGAAAGCAAUUUUAUCAACAUUUUGCACAAGGUCCCAACUCUUGUGGCAUUGGGGUUGUUGAAAAAAAAAAGUGGGAGGCAUUUUUAUAAUCGAAUUACUUCUCAUGAAAGUGAACUAUUGCUUGCUGUACCCUUCCAUUCUACCUCCUCUGUGCCUUCAUUUUCCUGCAUGGGCUUCCCACAUACGUAUCUCUAAUUCCUCAUGCUAAUUCCAUCCUGUUUCUGAAAGGCUGUGAGGUCAAAGGAGGACAUGAGACAAGACCUGAGAGGAAAGGCAAAUGGUAAAGGUGGUCCUGUUACAGGAGAUGCUAAUCAAUAUUGUUAGGGCUUGGUUUAGAAUUGGACACUCUGUUCAGUGAAUAUGGUUUGUAAAUACGGGCUACAGUAACAGUCUGGGUUUGUGUAGACUUCUCCAUAUCCUAGGAUUCAGGAAGACAGAUACCAAGAAAAAGUUUUUACAAAUUAUCAACAAAUAACUGCAAAAAUGCAAAGAAUGCAUUUACAAUCAAUUAUGUUGAAGAAUAUUAACUUGUUACAUUUGAAGUCUUUUUUUAAAGAGAGACACCGAUGCAUAUGAGCCAGGUUUUCUGUCUUCCUUCAUUUAAAGCCCUCGUUUUUUCUGCCCACCAAAGCUUUGCUUUAGCUCCUCUGUAGUUGUCGGCUCUGGUGCUGAAGUUACUCUGGUGCUGGUUUUCAUUCCUAUUUGGCUAACAGACAGAUUAUUAACAGCAAUACUAACAACAACUAAUUUCCUCACCGGCCACAAUGCUUUGAUUCUGACAAAGGCUCCUUUUGACCUGCCUGUAAAACCCAAAGCCGCAGUGUUGUGUACUUGUAAGUUGAAUUGGUUGAUCAACUGGCAUUUAAAGAUGACCAAAUCACUGGAUAAGACUGCAAGGCAGGUCUACAGGAGUGUGUCAGUAAAUAAAAUUCAUUUCAAAAUUCCAUCAACCAAAACUGGUGCCUGUAAUCUAAUCCCUGGCUGAGGCCUGCCUGACCAUUGGUUUUGUCCCAACUGAAGGGCUGAGGUGGAGUGAAAGCCAGCACAGCGUGAGUUCCAUGCCCAGGGCCAGGGGAGGGGACAGAGACGGAAUGGUAGCAGGGGCAAGUGGCAAUCUACCCAACUUCCUCCCUAACCCCAACACCAGCCUCAACCCCAACCCAGUGUGGAGCAGGCAGAGAGAGCUGCUGAUGCACUUGCUGCCGUGGUACACUGCAGCUGCCGCAGCCGCCCAGGCCCAGCCAGGUAACUGUGCCUUUCCUGCCUGGGCUGCAGCAGCUUGCUGCAGGAGUCACCUGCUCAUCCACUGAAUACCAUGAAGCCUAUAGAAGCUUUGUUAGUAUGUGAUGUAUUUUGAGAGUCUCAAACAGCAGAGUAAAAUAAGUUUUGUUAGUUUUAUAGCAAUACUCCCUAAAAUAAAACAGCUCCAUGGUAUUUAAGCAUGAGUCAGUCAACUCUGGCACCAGCUGUGUGUAAGUUUAUAGGUACCUUUAAGUGAAACUGCCCAUCGUGAGCACUAUUGUACAACAUGGCUGCAGGACCAAGAAUGAAACCAUUUAACAGUCAGCUUUCUGACGCAGUUUUUCUUCUUUUCAAUUUAUUUUAUUUUUUAUAAACUUGAUUCGAACAUCUUAGACUGGGAAGUAGAGGAAAUCAAUCCAGUGUGCAGUGAGACUCAGCAGUGUAUGGGACAAACAUCAGUUCUAAAUGUUUGUUGUAUAACUAACUGCAGCCAGUCAUAUUUUAAAACACCUCCUAUGUUUUCACAAACUUUUAACUCCAUUGUGGCUGAAAUGUGGGCAAAAGACUACAAAAACCCAGCAUGCUCUUCCAUAAAGUUAGGCCCUUUCCCUCUCAUGGAUAUUUACCCUUCCUCAAUGAAAGGAAUAAAAAAAGGCUGGAUUUGAUUGCAAAAUCAGUAAAUUUCCUGUCAUUUGCAGCAAUAACAUAAUAAUAGAUGUGUGUUAUUAGGUGUUUUUGUGCUCUUGAGGACACAUUAUUGGUGUAUAAACAGCUGGUUGUAGUAUUAAAAUGAAAGCGCUGAGGAAGCUGUGAAAUCAGUUCUUGGGGGACUCAGUCUAUGCCAUCCCCUGUCACUACUGCAUCUUAAAUUUCAAUUAGCUAAAUUCUGCAGAAGAUAAACACUAACUCUAAACAAGUUCAUGUAUUUAGGGAACAUGUAAUUUUGUGAAAACAGUCAAAUUGAGACAGAAAGUCUCAAUCUUCACAGUUGCUUAAAAUCCUAUCUCAUUUAAAAAAAGAAAAUUGCAUAUCUUCUCUCCUUCAGGGGCAACUUUAUCAAUGCGGUCUUUGGUAAAGGAGGAACCUGACUGGAGGACAGGGAUCAUGACUGGGGACAGAGCAGGAAUUGUGGGUGGCCCUCUGAGGCUGCGUCGAGGAAGUAGGUUUACCUGGAGAAAGGAGUGCCAAUCCAUCAUGGAGAGGUAAGCAAAUGUCAAAAAAACAUGACUCCAACUGAAACUAAGGAAAAGUAAAAAUCCAGCCUUGAAACAUUUUGAGUGGGUUUGUUAAGUUUGUGAAAUAACAUUAUUUUUACCAUAGAUGUAAAGAUGCAUCAAAGUGAAUCAGUCACCAAUCUGAACAUGCUAAAAAACCUAGAACCUGGGCUUUGGGCCACUGAGUGCCUUAUACUGACUGGUCAGUGGCCCAGUUUUUAAGCUAUGACUUAAAUUACAGGGGUUUUGCUGUUUUAUUUAUAUUUUUGUUGUUGCAUUCUGUGCUUAGGGUUGUGGGAACUGGUUGUUUACUUACAUUUACACGUAAGUAAUGAGAGAGAAAGCAUUUCCGAGAACCAUGAGGCAAUUUCCAAUCUCCACCUCAGAGAACAAGUCAUGUAGACUUAAUACGAAGGAUGCAAAAAGUUCCAAAAUUCUUCCUGUUUGAAUGCCGUGUAGAGAAGAGAUUAUGUGUAUUGGCUGCUAGUUUGAACUUGUAAGACUUCACAAACCCACACGUGCUACAAUGCCAGCAUGAGCAAAUGACCCCCAAUUCUGAACCUUGUGCAAGGUCACAACUUGAUCUGGAGGGACAAAUUUUCUGGCUUUUUAGCAGAGACAUUGACUGGUCAACUUCUCUGGUCUGCAGGUCAGAAAAUACCCAGAAAACUGUCAAAAUCGAAACACAAUUAAUGUUACAUGGCCAAACAAGCAGUCAUGAGUCUACAAGUAAAUAGUGUCAUAUCAUUUGUUUACCGAGUGUGGCUAACAUUAUCAGAGCUAUCAGUUGCUAUCUGUCAUGUGUGUAUGUCAACAUCAAAUAUUUUUCCCAACAUCAAUUUUUGGUGCAUAAUGGCAUGAUAGCAGAGGUCAUGAUAAGAAGUUUUACCAACUAAUUCACCUAGGGCUUACUCUUACCACAAGAGUGGCGACAUGUUAUUGCUUUCUGGACUAAAAGCGCACAUCCGUAAUUAUUAGAGGCACAGCUGAUGAAAUGAGACAUGAGAUCGGUCAGUAAGAUGAGAUUUUCACACUAUUUUCAAGAUAGCUUCAUUAAUAUGAUGGGACCGGAAAAACACUUGAAUUAUGCAGGUCCUCUCUGAAGUGGUUUAACCUCACUGGCAUGUUAUGAAUGUCACCUCAGUUCUGUUCCCUAAAUAAAAAAAUAACUCAGUACAGGAGAAGACAUGGUGACCAUCAUGUAGUCACUGUAAGAGUGUCAUCCUUAUCAUGUUUGUCUGAUCAGGCUUAUGAACGGCAGAGAGAAGUUGUACUCUCAUCUGACUAAAUUAUGAGUUAUCAGAUUUACACAUUUCAGGGGUGUUCCCCAUCUAUCGCAGCUGGAAACAUAUGUAGGGAUUUUUUCCAUGACACAGAGAUCCUUUUUUUCCAAUACUAUUUCUAGGUCUGGAAUAAAGUUAUCGAUAAAUUAUGCUGAUCACAUGACCUGACUGAAGUCUGUGGUUAUGAACUCCUACAUAUUACUCUCUCUGCCUUGGUGACUAUUUUUUGAUGAUAAUGACUUAUGAUUCAUUUAUUGUCACUAGGUAUACUAGGCAGACAUGACACAAAAGACAGUUGGUCACACAGUCAAGUCUUGUUCUGUAUAACUGUAUAACGAUGAAACAAAUAGCUGUCUAGAGAUUCUGUUGACAGAAUCAAACAGACAGUUGUGUCAUAGAUCCAUUUGCAGAUCGACAAUGCAUUUGGAGAAAGGUGUACUAUUUUAGUGACAAUUGUUGAUAGAGAUGCCCUAGCUUUUUUUUUUUACAUUUUAUUGUGUUACAGUAGGGCUGCACAAUAUAUAGUUUUAGCAUCGUCAUCCCAAUGUACGUGUGCGCGACGGUCACAUUGCAGAGUCUGCGAUGUAGGAGGCGAAUGAGCGUAUCUAAUUUCAAGGGUAGCUAACAAGAGCUCAUCAAUUAACCGAAUCUACCUGAAUGAGGGAAUGUUGGCCCAAGAAUGAACUUUCUCAUCAAUCAAAUCUCAUCAUAUCAUUGUCCAUCACCUUAGUCACCGUAAUCUGUCAUGAGGUCUGGUAGAAUAAGAUCUUGAGUUACACCCCUAGUAGUUAUGAGCAUUCUUCCAGAGCAGUAAAAUUGUCUAAAAUCAGCAAAGGUCAGAGCAAGUUUGCUCUUCAUGUGUACAAAAAAGCUUGCAAAACUGCUCUGCCACAGGUGUUUUUUUUUUUUUAAUGUAUAUACCACUAUUAAGAUAUUUGACUCAUAAUAACAAUCAUCAGCCUUGCGUGACAUUUGUGAGUUAGAUACCAGUAGAUAUCUAAAAGGUGAAAAAACUGUACCUUUUAUGGGUGAUUCAUUAUUGCUGUUUCUUUAAGAAAUCAUAGUUGAAAGAAAAGCUGACAUUGUGAUUCUCUGAUCAGUCUUAAAGUUAUAUGUUUGUCAUAUUCCUGAGCUCUUCUCUGUAUUUGUCCCAGGCAAUAUUCUGAGAGAAACAUGGAAAGUUUCAGAAAAGAGGGGUAGAUUUCCAUGUACAGUUUGACCCGCUGUGUGAAACUGAUUUUUGUAUUACGGUGUCAUGCCUGUUGUAAGUUUAGUGUGCAGUCUGGGUUCAGUCAAUAAGACCACACAGGCCCUCAGACAAUAAACUCACCAGCAGUGCUCCCAGAUUAUGCAAUUCUGCUGCAGUGCUGAUCCUUCUGCUAGUUUAAAGCCAAGGACAGUACAGUAGAGGUGAAAGUGAUCUAGACCGAGAGUGUUUGUGUAUCUGUGUUUGUGCAGUGGUCAGCUCUAAUGGUAAGGGGAAGACAGGGAUGGGGAAAAAAAUUGUGGCGUGUGGUGUAUUUUGUGGACCCAGAAGCAGACUCAGAGACAGAUAGCCAGUUAAAAGAUGUAAUUUCAAUGUCCAAACUCAGGGAGAAAAAGGUACGAUAGAAAGUCCAGUUGGCUGGCUGGCUGUUGUGUGGGCUGGAGACACUGUGGAGAAGCAGAGAAGAAGAAGGUGAGAAGACAUACAAGGAAUCACAGGGAGCAAAAAGUCACGAGCACUUAGCCGAGGAGAAGGCCAGGAGAAGUGUUUGUACCACUCAGGAGCGAAGACAAUACUCAGGCACUGAGACUGAGGGCUGCUGGCUUCUUAAAGGGCCUUGAUUACGAAUGCAGCGCAGGUGUGGUGUCUCGCUCAGCCCCAGCCACAGGGGAGAGGGAGAGGGCUCUGAAAAAACAGUCAAGCCAGACCAGGGAAACAAGGAAAACGGGAAGUUCAACCAAAAUAAAACAGGAGGUUGAGGCGUCUCACCACAGUACCCCCCUCUCAACGAACACCUCGAAGGAGGGCUCAGGGUGCAAGAGGUGACAGGCUCAAUAAGGGAGACAUGAAACGUGGGGUGAACUGUAAAGGAAUGAGGGAAGUUUCAAUCUCACUGCCGAGGGGUUGAUAAUCUUCUGGAUAGGUAAGGGACCAAUGAAGCGAGGAGACAGCUUGUGGGACUCGGUCUGCAAGGGAAGGUCACGGGACGAUAACUAGACCAUCUGACCGGGACGAUAGUCUGGUGCUGGAGAGCGGUAAACAUCAGCCAGGCGUUAGUUGCGCUCAGCCGUGCGAGUGAGUGCGGCCCUGGAGGAUUUCCACACCUCCUGUAGCCACGCCCACCGCCUAGCAGAAAGCUUUCCAAACCUGGGAGGAGAACUGGGGGCCAUGGUCUGACACAAUGUCAAUGGGGAUACCAUGGAAUUGGAAAACAUGAGACACUAGGAGGUUUGCAGUUUCUAGUGCAGAGGGGAGCUUGGGUAACGGAAUAUGAUGCACAAACUUGGAAAACCUGUCUAUAACGGUAAGUAUGACAGUGUUACCUUCAGGGGGGGGAGACCAGUGACGAAAUCUAAAGCUUUGUGAGACCAGGGGCGUGAGGGCACAGGUAGAGGAUGCAGCAAGUCAGCCAGAGGUUGGUGGGAGGCUUUGUCGGGCACAGACGGAGCAGGCGGCAACAAAUGCCCGUACGUCCCGGACCAUCCCUGGCCACCAGAACCGCUGCUGCAGGAAUUGGAGGGUGCGUUGAAAUCCAGGGUGACAGGUGAGUUUAGAGGAAUGCCCCCACUGUAGGACCUGAGAACGUGCAACCUCAGGGAUGAACUUCCUAUCAGGAGUGCCAGUUCCAGGGUUUGGGUGUUCAAGGAGGGCCUUGUCCACAACGGUGUCGAUUUCAAAUAGGCAGAGCCGACGACACAGGAGGCAGGGAGGAUGGUGUCCGGUUUGCUGGGGUCCCAGGUAGCAGAGGAGUGAAUCCGGGAUAAGGCGUCAGGUUUGAUAUUGCGGAAGCCGGGACGAUAGGAGAGGGUGAAGCAGAAUCUGCUGAGGAAGAGGGACCAGCGGGCUUGUCUAGAGUUGAGGCGUCGAGCAGAACGGAGAUAUUGCAGGUUCUUGUGGUCAGUCCAGAUGAGAAUAGGGUGUUGUGCUCCUUUCAGCCAGUGUCUCCACUCUUGGAGUGGCCCCCACUCCGAAGCGGCGACCUCCACCAUGAAGUGGAGAGAGGGAUCCGGGUGUUUGAGCACCGGGGCGGAGACGAAGAGGGACUUGAGCUGACGGAAGGUGGCAUCUGCUUCAGGGGUCCAGGAGAACGGGACUUUGAGGGAUAUGUUCUUUGAGGGAGAUGGAGGCAUCUCACCACAAAAAUGAUCUUUUUGUGUUUUUAAAUGUGAAAUACUGAUUAUUCUUGUUUUGAAGGUCCAUAGCAAAGGUACACUCAAGUAAAUAAGGCUUCAAAAGGAAAAAGAUUAAGGGCACUGUGACAUUUACUUUGAUAUAAUGAAAUCUCAGUUUUAAAGGAUAAUCACUAUAAUUAUUUCAUUUGCCGAGGUACAAGUAGCAAAAGAAAAAGUGUACAUUAUGAGAAUAGCGCAAAUGCUCCUGUUGAUGAACGCUGUCCUUGCUCUCCUAGACUUGAAGUUGAAUAGUUUAAAGUAAAGUGGAAACUAUCACUCAUCCGACUGGUCUGUUCACCUUAUACUUGGUCUGUUUGUUUGUUUGUCACAGUUUCUUUAUGGAGAACCAAUACCCUGACGAAGCAAAGCGGGAGGAGAUUGCCAACACCUGUAACUCAGUCAUUCAGAAACCAGGUACUAUGUGACUUUUGAACAUUUUAUGACUGUCACUUUGAAAGACUUUUUGAUUUUCAACUACUGGCCUACUCCUUUGGCAGACAUACCCAGACAUUCAGUGCAAACCAACAAAGUUUGCUGCUUAUGUUCUUUAGACGUGGCAUUCCUCCAGUUGUUUAUUUUCUACAUAUCUGGGGUCAGAAUUGCUUAGUCUGUAUUAGAAAAAACAAACAAACAAACAUUCAAAUCCAUCCAGAAACAUCUUAGCCAACAAGUAUUGGCUAUAAUAGAUUAACAUUUUUGUUUGUCUAUCACCAAAAAGUAAGGAUUUCUGAAUGCUUUGAUAUCAUCUGAGUUUUGCUAUAAGUUUGCAGUUAAAUUAAAAAAAAAAGAAAUUCCCUGUAGUAUUUCAUCAAUCAGAAAAUCUUUAUUCGUCAAUGGGGUAUCAUUUAUUUUUUAAUCUAUAGUUUAACUGUUCUUAUAUGAACUGCCACUACUACCAUUAUUAUUUGAACUUCUUCAAACUGCUUUCAGGCUUGUUGAAUGCUCUUUAUUGUCCUUAAUCGUGUACAAGAUAUCUUUAUAAACUCUUGUCUUUGAUUACAUUGCCAUUGCAGACCAGUACACUCAAUGAGGAACAUGCCUCUUCCUAACCCCUGUGGUUUCUCUUUAUUCAACAACACUAUGAAUGCUUCAAGCUAGUUGUAUGUGUAUUUUGUUGCUUAGGUUGUAAGCUGUCUGAGUUUGAGCGUGUGACCGCACUGAAGGUUUACAACUGGUUUGCAAACCGUCGUAAGGAGAUGAAGAGAAGAGCAAAUAUUGGUGAGUAUCUAACACUUGUUUACACCUACAUUCUAUUCAUGUAUCUGCAAAAUUUUCAUUAUUAGGCUUUGUAGCAUGUUUCUGUCUUAAAAAAAUUCCAAUGUCACCAACAGGCUGAAGUAGGGUUAGCCUUCCUUACCCAUAUUCAGUUUUUUUUAUCUUGCACAACAGAAGCUGCCAUUUUGGAAAGCCAUGGAAUUGAGGUGCCAAGUCCAAGCUGCCACUCUAACGGAGAGGAGGGGGAGCUGCAAGAGUUUUCUGACCAGGUGAAUCAUCGAUUUCCAGAACAGGUAAGUCAUCUUUUCAACCGAAGCAUGAUGCUGCCAGCUACUACAAUGAUUCAACACCUAUUGUUCGACAUUGAGAAACGAUAAAGUUUUUCUUCCUCAUGUUCCUCUUUUUCUUCAUCUUUUUCUUUUUGUUGUUGUUCUUCUUCUUCUUGUUUCCUCCAACUGUCCAAAAUGAUCAAUUUAAAAAGGAAAUAUUUUAUUUAAUUUCGUUGCUUAACAAUAACAAUUGGACACUACAUUUUAACGUACAUUGUCUCUACAGAAAUGUCACUUGUCACUACAAGAGCACCACACACAGCAAUGACAGACAUUCAAUCCUCUCAGUCAAAUAGCACAGAAAUAUUCUGACAUAGUUUAGUUAACACAUUGCCAUAAGGAAGUUAGUAGGGCUAGGCCUGGGACCAUAACAAAUUUUGUUGAACGAUAUAUUGUCCCACAAAUUAUUGACAAUUAACAAUAUUAUUGACGACAUUAUCGAGACCAAAAUAACCACUUGUGUAAUGUUAAUAUAUCAUAGUAAUGAAAGUACACCCUUUCAAAUGCAACAAUGAAACCUUUAUUUCUCAUUGGAAUGUCCAGAACCAGAACUUUUAAAUAUCCUAAUUAAAUAAAACAAACAAACAAAAAAUAAAUAUGGAAGUAAAUCUGUGCCGUCUGAAAUUGAAUUUGAAUUUCUAAAUCUGAAUUUUUUUUUGCAUCAAGAACAGACUUGGAAUUUUAAAAACAUCAAAUUUCAAGCACACCUUUUUAUUUCUGACAAAUUCAGUGUGAAAAAGCAGUCUCUCAAAAAUCAUUUAGUCAAAAUUCGACUUAAAAAAUUCAGUGUAAACAAAAUGUCUCUCACACACUGAUUCAACUCCUCAUCUGUCAUAGGGCUGUACAGUUCCCAUACUGAUAGAUCAUACUUGCCCAUGCGUCAGUGUACUCUAUGUUUGCUCAUCCCCAAGAGCUGAGCAAUACAUGGAACAGAAAAAUUACGUUCAAGAAGUUUGUGCAGGUAGUCUGGCAAUAUGACCAUCGGUUGUCGCCCAGAUGGUCCUUGCUCAAAUUGCACAACUGCAUCAUGUUGCUCUAUUCUCUCUUUUUCUAAAUUGAUAAGACUUUGUAGCUCUGUCAGUUAAGGCUGCACGAUAUUGGAAAAAAACUAACAUUGCGAUUUUUUUUAACCCUGCGAUAUAUAUUGCGAUAUUAAAAAAUACAGGAAUGUUCACCAGAUGACCUGAAUAGCAUUUAGCAAUCCUGUCCUGUCCCACUCCCGUAAAAUGACUCCCACUCCCAUCCCGCUCCCACUCAAAAUUACUCCCACUCCUGUGUGAAUAAAACCAAACAUGUAAAAAAAAAAAUUGAAUUUUUUAUUUUAGGUAAAAGUGCAGUGCAUAUAAAAUGCAUUGCCUUUAAGUUUCACAUGGUUGACAUUCAGUCGGUGUAAACAAAGUGCAUAUAUAUAUACAAUGGCGUUUCUAGACUAAAUUACUCCCCAGGCGAGGGGACUAAAACUAAAACCUGAUCUUUCUUGCCUUCCUUGAUGCAAAAUCAUCAAUAAUCUCGUCAUAAGAAAUCUGCUCCCCUAUUAACCCAUUAAGACCUGAACCCUGUCUGAGACACGCAUUGAAAACCUUAAACAAACAAACUUAAAUUAAAUAAAGCCGCUGUAUAAAUAAAAGGCUCUGCACUGGAGAAUAACAAAGUAUUUGCUUUCUGUAAAACAAGUGGCAAAACAAGUGUUGAAAGGGUAUGCAGCUGCCCUAGUAUAGUGCCAGUACAAGACCAGCACUUAAAACUAGAAAAAUGAAUAAAUAAAUACGUGGCUGACAGUGUGUUCAUGUCUGUGCUCACUUUAAGUCAUGCAACACUCACAGAAAACGCUGAUAGUAUGAGCCAAAGACCUCAAUAUGAAGAGGUUGUUCACACUGCUGGAUGUUUCUCCUCCAAAGCUGCUCUGUGCCUCCGUCGUUGUUUACUUUACUCUUGAAGCACGUAGCAAGAUCCGAGCAUGAAUCCAAGCGCUUUAUUCGCCUAUCAGAGGCAGACGGUUAUGGUGAUUUGAUUCACCACGACUCCAGAAAUGAUUAAUGUCACAAAAUGACGUAUCCGCACUCCCGACAUGAAGGGUAAAAAUGCACAGCCGCGCUCUCAGCUUGGAAGGCUAAUAUGCGGACAUACUGUCCCGGUUUAAAUGGGUUAAGUGAUUGUUGCGGAUGACGACAAGGCCAGUGAGUAGGCAUGUGCUGAUAUGAAAAUUUGAUAUCACGAUAUUGGUGGCCCAAAAUAUCGCGAUUCAGGAUAUUAUCACGAUAUUAUCACAAUAUUAGUGCAUUGCUUUUAACAUUAUUAAAAAUGGCAAAAAACUGCAAAAUCACUUCUGUUAAACAAUAUUUAUUCUUUGACAGGACUUAAGUGAACAACAAUGGCAACACCCCUGUAAACUGCCACAGUGAUUGAAAAUAAACAAAUACAAUAUAAAUAAUGCAAGACACAACCAAAGAAAAAUAAUACUGCCUUGUCUGUCUGGCUGUAGCCAUUACUGAAUAAAAAUAAAGUGCCUACAGUAGCAAUAGUGCCAACUGCCAAUUAGACACCGGCUAAACUUCUUAUAAAAACAAACAAAACAAAAAUGACAUUGGAUGAGAGCCUUGUGUGGCCUAGGGAGUGAGAUGUGGAACAAUAGCCCUUUUCAAGGUAGAUUAAGUUGCAAAAAAGUCAGCAUGUUCACUUUUUCUGGCUUUAGUUUUUUCGCAGAGGUGUGACAAUGUGUCCACUGGCACUAAAGACACGUUCCGAAGGCACACUAGUUGCAGGUAUGCAAAGAAACCGGCGUGCAACAUUUGAGAGAUGGGGCAUUUCACCUGAAUGUUCUUUCCACCACUGCAAAGGAUCCCGCUCCAACCGUGGCCAUUUCACUGAUGGAUCCCCCUCCUCAUCCUCAAGUUCCUCAAUGGCAGGAAGUAUUGGAAGACACAUAUAGACGUUCACCUCUGCCCUCAUCUGCCAUGACAACACAAAAGACACAUAAAGAAAAAUAAUUUGAAAAAGGAAAAAAAAAAAAAAGUACUUUUAUUCAUCAUAUAUUCAGUUGAACAAAUAAGUUAUCUUUUUUCCUCCUACAUUUUAAGAUUCAUAAUUUCAUCUCACCUGUUCUUCUGGACUGGUGGCACUGGUGGCUUCUUCGGCUCGGUGCUGCUCCCUUGUUGUAGUGAUUGUCUUCAGCAAACCAGCCAGGCUGCCAGGCUUAUGUUAUUUAAGGGGCUCUCUGGGUGUCCUCAUUGUGCUGGAGGAUGAGCAUGCAGCUGCAGCGCUGGCAGUGGGCUGUGGCAGUCCUAGUAUCUGGUAAUACCUGGUCCUGAUUAGAUGCUUGUAUUUGGCUAGAUAACAGAGCUGCACACCUUUCUUUUUAGUUUCCCUACACAAUUAACCAUGACGGGAUUUACCUAUGCUAAAUGUUGAUACUCAAUUCAUCACAACUUGCUCUACAUGGUGUGAAGGCAGUGACUAUUCAUUCAGCAUAAAUUAUCAUCACAUUUAACACAACCAGGAUGGGACUCCCUUUCAACCAAACUCCCUUUGGACAGCUUGUAUUGUUGACAAGUUGAAAUUGGCAAGAUGGCGCCAGGGGCUGGCCGUCUGUCGCUCUGCUCUGUGUUUGUUGUGUGUCUAGUGAUUUACCUGAUGUGUCAAGAGGUAUCAUCUCUCCUCACAUAUGAUCGUCAAACUUUGCUUGAGAUUGGGGGCUUCUUUGAUCAGCUUAAAUAUUACAAACUGGUGAACUCUCCUCCACACCUCGAGGGAAUCUAGAUCUGUGAAGGGGAACUUUCGCCUUUUUCUGAGCUCCUUCCUCCUGGUUGAGGUUUUUUCAGCUCUCCUUGCGUCACCGGCAAAGGUGGAGGACUAGCAUCUAUAUUCAAAAACACUUUUCAGUGUCAGCAGUCUCCAGCUGUCAACUGCUCCAGCUUCGACGCACAUGCAGACAGGCGGAAAGGAAUUGGAAAAGGGACAAACUCCAAAUUUCCUGGGAUCUCCUACAUGACUCUCUCCUGAGAUAUCAGCAGGCUGUGAAAAAUGCAAAAACAGAGUAUUUUUCCUCACUUGUCGCCUCUAAUGCUCACGAAUCGCAGGUUCUUUUUAAUGUAUUUGACUCUUUAGUAAAUCCCUGUGAUGCUGUCUGUAUUGAUCCUUCAUCUUCUCUGUCUGAGGACUUUCUGCAGUUCUUUGUCAAUAAGAUUUCUGCUCUUAGGUCCUCAUCCUCCCAGUCUGUUCAGGACCCCUCUGUUCCUUCAGCUAGCUCAGCUGUCUUUCAGCAGUUUGAGCCUGUUUCCCGCUCAACACUUCAUGAAAUAGUGGUAAACUUACGUCCUGCUAACUGUCCAUCUGAUAGCAUUCCUUCCUGUUUGUUUAAAGUGGUUUUUAAUACAGUUCAGUCUUUUAUUUUGCCUCUCCUUAAUCGGUGUCUCAGCUCCAGAAGUGUGCCUCCUUCAAACAUGCCACAGUGCAGUCUCUCUUGAAAAAGAAAAAUAUGGAUCCCUUGGUUUUGUCCAAUUUUAGGCCAAUAUCCAAACUCCCUUUUAUUUCCAAAGUGUUUGUUUAAGAGAAAAUUGUUUUUAACUAAUUUUUACAAGGGGCAAAUGUUUGUGAACUGUUUGAGUCUGGUUUAAAGUCUCUUCACGGCACUGAAACUGCUCUUUUAAAAGUUUUUAAUGAUCUUUUGACAAACCUUGAUUCUGGUAACUGUGCCCUUUUAAUCCUCCUUGACUUGACAGCAGCUUUUGACACGGUGGAUCACUCAAUCCUCCUAUCAGGCCUUGAACAUUGUGUAGGCAUCAAAGGCACUGCUUUGAGCUGGUUCAGAUCGUACCUCUCUGAGAGAUCUUUCUCUGUGCACAUGGGCCAGUUUUCUUCCACAGUUGCCCCUCUGACGUGUGGAGUCCCCCAAGGGUACGUUCUGGGUCCCCUACUGUUCUCCCUCUAUAUGCUACCCUUGGGGUCAAUUUUUAGAAAGCAUGGUGUUUCUUUUCACUGUUUUGCUGAUGAUUUGCAGGUUUAUUUGCCUGUUAAGGUCCCGACCAAAGACCCUCUGCAGGUCAUGCUGAACUGCAUGAAUGAUGUAAAGACAUGGAUGGAUCUUAAUUUUUUAAAAUUAAAUGAAAACAAAACAGAGGUCAUCCUGUUCAGUCGUCCUGACCUGGUUCAGGUCCUUGCCAGCUCCUUUGGCUCACUGGCACCUUACAUAGGGUCUCAUGCCAGGAAUCUUGGUUUUAUUAUUGAUGAUGAUUUUAAUCAUCAAAUCUAGCUUUUAGAUUAUUGUAAUUCCCUGUAUGUCGGCAUUGGCAAAUCAGAGCUCAACGGCUUGCAGCUCAAUUAGGAUGCUGCAGCUCAUCUCCUAACUGGGACCAAGAAACGGGAGCACAUAACUCCGGUGCUUGCCUCUCUUCACUGGCUCCCUGUUAGGUACAGGAUCGAUUUUAAGAUUCUUUUAUUUGUUUUUACGUCUCUGAAUGGGCUGGCCCCAUAAUAUCUCUCUGACCUUGUUAAACUGCGCCAGCCCUCCGGAGCCCUGAGGUCAGCUGAUCAGGUGGUUUUGGACGUUCCUCGAUCCUUUUUAAAAUCUAGAGGAGAUAGAGCAUUUUCUGUCAUGGCUCCCACUUUGUGGAAUGCUUUACCCCUUACAGUGCGCAAUUUUAAAACACUUCUGAAGACGCACCUGUUCACUUUAGCUUUUGGGGAAGUAUAGCUACUUUUACUGGGUAUUUUAUUUAUGUGUAUGUAUUCUUGUUUUAUGAUUUUAUAUGUUUUAUGCUUUUAUUGUUUUAAUAGUUUUUAUAGUUUUUAUUGUCUCUGGCUAUUUUACGGUAAAGCACUUUGGUAGGCCACUGGCUGUUUUUAAAUGUGCUAUAUAAAUAAAGCUGACAUUGACAUUGACAACCAACCAGGCUGCUUCUUGAGGGGAUAGAAUAACCAAUCAGCAUGUUCAAACACAGAUGACUGUCUAACACGAGUCUGGUUCUGCUAAAGGUUUCUGCCUCUUUGAAGGAAGUUUUUUCAUUGCCACUGUGACUGGCUAAGAUGGGACUCAGUCUUGUCUCAUCUUUACAUCUGGUCUUAGUGAAUACCAUGAAGAGUAUUGUCUAGACCACAUUUUCUGUUCAGUACGCUACUGGUCAAAAGUUUAAGAACACCCUGAAUUUUCCAGAAUUUUAUUGAAAAUGAUGCAGUUUAAUGUAAAAUUAAUGCAUAGAAAAAAAUAAACAAUUGAAGUUGAAAAAGAAAUCAUUGAAUCAAUUUAGAAACGAAAAUGCAUUCUAAACUUUUGACGCAUCAAAGUAGCCCCCUUUGACAAAUAUAACAACUGAACCCACUUGUGGUAUUCUUCCGACAAUGGAAAUCAAAUAUUCUUCAGAGAGUUCUUCCCAACUCUAUUGCAGAAGUUUCCAUAAAUAUGUAGCACUUGUAGGUUGUUUCGCUUUCACUUCGCUUGUUUUUUUUCACUCCUCUGUCCAGUUCAUCCAAACCAGCUCGAUGGGAUUUAAGUUUGAAGUCUGGCCAUUCCAUGUUUUCAAGCUUACCAUCUUGUUCUUCUGGCAUAGCUUGGACUUAUGUUUUGGGUCAUUAUCUUGAAUGGAUGAACCCCUGACCAACUUGGCACAUCGCAGAGGGUACUGCAUGGUGCUGCAGAAUGCUGUGGUACUUGUUUUGGUUCAGGGUGCCUUUCACUCUGUGCAAGUCGCUGACCCUGGAUUCAGUAAAACAGCUCCAGACCAUCACACUUCUUCCUCCAUGUUUGACAGUUGACGUCACACACUGAGAAACCAUCCUUUCGCCUACUCAGUAGCGUACAAAAAUCCUGCGUGAUGAACCGAAGAUUUCAAAUUUGGAUUCAUCAGUCCAUAACACCUUCUUCCAGUCUUCAGUAGUCUCUUGGCGGUGUUGGCAGUUUUGGUUAACCUUACCUUUUUUUACUUACCUCUGGCAGUUCUCCACUUACCUUUGUACCCUUUCAAGCUGUUUAUAGGACUUGAACUGUUUGAAUUUCAUUAAAAAACUGGAAAAAUUGGGGUGUUCUAAAACUUUUGACUGGUAGUGUAUGUAUUCAUUUAUGGUGAACAAAUUCAUAAUGUUGUGUUCAGCCUGAGUCCAAGUUGCACUAGCAAGAAGGGAUCUUUUUUUUCCCAGUAAGCUGUAUGUAAUCCAGUGGACAUAUAUUGUAAAUCUGAAUAUUUCUUUAUGUAUUUAUACUCCUCAGGAAGAGACCCCUUCCCUGAAGAUUGUUGACCAACAAGACCCCUCUGCACUGGUUGCCACAGAGGCUGCAGCCCCUUCAAGCCCAGCCCCUCAGGUCCUGGAUCACAAAGAGGAGGAUUCAAAAAGGGAGACUGUGGAUGAAGAGUGACCAAAGCUGUUGGAGUUUGAAUCAUCAUAAUUGAAAUUUAUCCGAUGAAACAGAAAACUUUCUCCUCCUUAACAUACGUAUGGCCUGAGGUGCCUAAAGCACCCAAAAAUCAAUGGGAGGAGGGUGCUAAUGCUUGUUGAGGUGCCUCUGAUGGGAGGAGGCAACUGUAUUUAUCAACAGUAAUCCUGCUCAUAUUAACAGCAAUAUACCAUAUAUAUAUAUAUAUAUAAAAUUCAAUAUACAGUGCAUUCUAAGAUGCUAUAAAAGCCUAUAUUUCUUAGGGGGAGAAUAAUAUAAAGUAUACCUCACCCAUUUUAAGCUAAGCCUUCUCAUUUUUUGCUACAUGCCUUCUUUUCGCCUUUCUGAAAGCUUUUUGGAUGAACUGUGGUGACAUGAAUGUGCAGAGCCUGCAGGUCAGGUGUGUUUGGGUGUGGAAGAAGUAUGUUACCAAGGAUACGGGAAUACGGGAAUAUGAACUCCCUCUGCUUGCUUAAAUGCUUUGACUCCAUCUUGUUGGUAAGACUCUAACCUCCAUCAGUUGUUUGAUGCAAUCAGUUGAUCAAUCAAAGAUUGCUCUGCUGUGAUAUUGGUAGAGCCCUGAGGGACAUCUGGAAUCUCAGGUAAUCCAAAAAUAUGAUGGAUAAAGAUAUUGAAGAGUUAUCUUGACAUCCUGUUUUCUUCAUUUUGAUCCUUAUCCUCUAAACUGUGUUUAACCAAAACAGGAUGUGUUGUUUAUACCUUUUUAUAUUAGCAAAACAAGUGUAGGACAGUAUAUCAUAUAAUCUCUUUGCCUUUGUUCUUUGUUAUACUGAUUGCUGCUGUUGGGUCAUUUUUGUAGUCCAUCCAGUUCAAAGUCUGUCAUUAUCCUCAUCUCAGCCAGUGAAGCUAGAGUAGUUACAUAAUAAUUUUUUUGUUUGUUUGUUUGUUUGAAACGUUUGAAAGAACGAUAAACCAAUGUGAUCAAAAUGUGUUAGCAGACAUAAUGCAAGCACUUUCUAUUGGAAUAAGCUAAAGCUUAUGCUCAAGUAAGUUUAUAUGACUGCAGUGCUGCACUUCAAAGUGGAUCUCACUUUAAAGAAAAAAAGGGGGGAGUUACAGACUGUACCUGCAUCUGACAUGUACAUAAUCCAGAGAAUAUACACAUUUCUGGGUGCUUUUCUUCAACUACAUUAACACCAUAUAUGAACUGUUAUUUGUCAAUCUUAAAGCUGACUUAAACUCUGCAUUCCUUAGUCCCCUCAUAUUUACUGGCCAAAGGCCUCGGGAGUUGCUCCCUGACAUGUUCAUGAAAUGGACAAAGACUUUGUUCUCAAAUGUUUGUUCUCAGGUGGCAUCCAACAGGAUGCUGCCAUGUUACCUCCUAAUGCCAAAGCUAUGCCAAGGUAGAGAUGAGCUACAGAAUAAACUGUGCUUUCAGGAACAGGACAUGACACAGUCACAACUCUAGAGAUAUCAAGUACGUAGAUGUUUAUUUGCUCAGAACAACACUAGCCAACUCUAGCUUACCUCAAAAUAACUCUUGUGUCAUGAAUGUGUUAAAAAGGCUUACUGUCAGAGAGCUGACAGGGGUCCUCAUUGUAAGUGUUGAUGAAACUGACAGUGUUAUGUAGCAUUAAUAACGAUGGGGUUUGACCUGCAUUGUUGAUGUAUAAUCACCUCAGAGAGUCCUCCCGUCCAGUUUUGGAUGGGAACCCUAGAGCUGCACGCUGUUUCUGACUUACAUGCUCCUCUCUUUCUGCUUUUAUCGGACAUUGAAAAACAAGAAUUAAAAUAAAACUGUUAACAAUGUCUCUGAUUUGUCUUGAUUUAUUUUAAAUCAUUUAAGGUUUAGCACAUUGAGUUGGUUUUGAGAAAACUACCUCUCCCUCUUUGUGACAAUAUGGC